AUGGCCGAACUUCUAACUUUCACCCCGCACAUAGACAGGGUGAAGUGGGACUGGUUAAAUAACGGUCCUACUCGACUCCCUGACACAAAGUGGUCAGGCGAAAACGAUACAGAAAUUUUCUGGCAGUGGUACACCACACUGCUAGGAUUCCUCACAUCACGAGGAUAUAGAGGCGCACACUACAAUGAAAUCCAUCUGGAUUGUCUCAUUGGUGGAUUGGCAGAGCCUGCACUCUCACACGGACUAAAACUCCGUGAAGAAGCCCUCCUUAGAGAUAAAGGGGGGAAAUUUCUUGAAGUUCUCGAUACUCUAAUCAGGACAUAUAUCAAGGAGCCUGCCACAUUGAAGGUGAUGGAAAAAUACUGCAAUGUAAAGUACAAUGCAGGAAAAGGACCCAGACAGUCCUACCCAGAACCAUCGCUUAAUGCUAGGUUUCUGGAAAACAUCCUCCCUGAAUGCAAGGAGGAAAUAAUCAAAAUGGGAUUCUCCUCUUUCAGGGAGAUGUUCAGAACAACAUCUCGCAUGGACGAGAUAAAAAACAGGCUGAGGAUAGCUCCAGCCUACAGGCCAGAAUGCUAUCCCAGACCUGAAACCACCAUGACCACAAAUCACGAAAAGCCCAACCAGGUGGGAAAGGAGAAACAUGCAGAAGCAAGAGCCAAUGUGCAAGACCCUAAACCCAAAUGGAAAGGCGAAUCCUCCCUGAAGCAGUCAGGGAACACCGACCAAAGGCCAGUACAAGUACGCAAUAAUUGCGGAAUACCAGAGCAGGCAAAGAGCUGCCCUGAGCACCAGUUAGUAGGAGACAGAAAUCCAAGGCACAGGAUCACCAGGGAAGUCGACUACAAAACAGAAGGUGAAGUUGGAGAUGACUCUGAUGAAGAAGAACCGGAGAAUAUCUCUGGUGAUUUCGAAGUGGAGGACACCUCCAAUGACUUUGAACCAGAGGACCCAAACAAGGGACCUCACUACUCGCCCAGAAGAAAGGGCAAGGACAUCAGCGUUGGGACCACAAUAAUGGCCCCAAGAUCCAAUGCCAUUGAAAACAAUGAUGAAAAAAAUACACUAAAACUGGCGAUAAGCCAGACCAAAAAAAGAACUACCAACUCUUUGGUGACGACACCAAAGAGGGAUUCCCCUGAGGAAAGUCACUCAGAAGACAACACCCCCGAGAAAAAAACCUCAGAGGGAGACCCACUGAAGGAGGACCCUUCGGAAGAAACCACCCCGGAGUCUCCAGAAGAAGACAAGCUCUGGGUGGAGUUUAUACUUGGCUGGCUAGUGGCCACAAUCUGCCCUCUCCCCAGUAGAAAUACUGGGCUGCAUCAUGCACAAUUGGCCGACAAGGCCAAUCAGCCCUCCUCGUACCUGAAGGAGGACCAAGAAUUGGCAGAUAAGAUCCAACCCAGUCCACACAAUCUUGCUGCCAACUAUUGGCAGCCUUCCUCUCAUACCGAGAGGUUUUUGAAGGUCUACCCGACCAUUGACCUAUAG